UUCCGGUAAGUGAGAAAGCUUGGUAAUGGCAAUUAUCAAACGACCAGAUGACAGAUAUUAUUGGUAAUGACUUUUCAACUGUGAAAGGAUAUUUUAUAAUUAAUUCAAAAAAGACAAAAAAACAGGAAAGUGAUACAGUUGCCGUAUGUAUGGAAGUGGUAUAUCUCCGAAGCAAACAAAUUGCAAUGUUAUUGUUUACGUAUCGGAUGUUUUGAUGGUGGCUGUGGUAUGUCAGUACAGAAAUGAGUUUGCGUGCAAUAUGGAUCGUUUUACCCAGCAAGGAUGCCGCUUCGCCAUUAUAUGUAAAAUAUUUUCCUACCGUGGAAGCUCGAAGUAAAUCUCAAUUGGGAGGUAAAUAUGUCCCGAUACCAGAUCCAGAAGACUUUGUAAAACUUCUGUUGCUACAAGUGGGGCUUGUUCAUGGAGAUUGUUUUGUCGAGUCAAGGGACGGCUGUGACAAACCAGCUUUGUAUCCAGCAUUUCACUUGGAAGUCGAGAAAGGCACCCUGUGGCCAGUUGUUGUACUAGAGGGCCGGGGCCUCAUGUUCUGUGCCUUGCCACUUGAAGCAGUAGACAUUAACACCUGCAAGUCUCUUGUGAACAUGUCAAGUGUUUCAACAGCUUUGGAAGUACUUCAUGGAUUAUCAUUGUGUACACCUGUAAAUGGGAUCAACCUAACCCCGGGUUCACUUGCACUAGCAGAAAUCAACAAAUAUAUUUCUGUUUCACUUCCAUUCGGACGUCCUGUGUGUUGUGAUCCAGUCAUUGCCUCCCAGCUUACAAUUCCAGCAUCAAAAAGCAAAAUAAAGGCUGCUUCCUUUCAGCAACCUCUGUGGAAUCCAGUUCCACACAAAGGAAAAUCCCAGGUGGUCUUCCAUGUUAGAGAAGAAGUUCGCUCCAUGCAGCAGUUUGGGCAGUCAGAAGUGAAGGAUUCAACAGAAGUUUAUGGAGUAGUUACUUGCAAAGCUGAAGUGGAAGGCGUAGCACCAGAAGUAUCCAUUAUCAUGCAGCAGCCCCCAGGACAGACGCUGUCGAUAAGUUCAACGACGGGGAGUGUCGAAACUAAAGGCACAGUGACUCGCAUCCGCUUCAGACCGUCAGACAAACAGCCGCUGUGCUGCUAUAUCGUGCAUAGCAUCUGCGAGCCUCCCAUUAAAGGAGAUCUUGCUGUUAAGGUUAAUGAAAAUGUGGCAGCAGUGAGCCUGAAACUGCAGCUAAGCAGUGACAUGAGAAACGUUUUCCAACAACUUCAGGCAGUUAUACCUUUCCCUGGUUUAGCCAUCUUGAGAGUGAAACCAAACGCAUCACAGGGGAGCAUUACUAUCCGAGCAAAGAAUGAAAUUUUGUGGAAUAUAGGUUCAAAAUUUCCUUCUAAGCCUCCGGAAGUCAGUUUGGACUGCACAGUGCGGCUUCAGAAGGCAACUGACCAGCCGUCACAGCCCGAUUUGGCUUCCAGCGCUACUAUGUGUGCAAUGCUGUACUUUAGAACUUCUGACUUCACAUACAGUGGAACGAAGAUUGACCCUCAAACCAUAAUGGUGACAACAGCACCAAAAGUUCGAUGCUCCGCAUCUUCAGAAUUUUUGUCUGGAACGUUUACCAUCUGGAACUCUGAGGGGGAAAUUCCUGUUAUCACCAAUCCUCCACUUGAAGAACUACAGUCUUGUUUGUCAGCACCCUGUGAAUAAUUUGAAAUGCUUUACCAGCAGAAUCAGCACUAAAUAUUUUGGACAUAAGACAAUCAAGAGUUUAAAUGUGUUCCUUAAUGUUUGAAGUCUUCUGUUCUGUCUAAAACAUUGUUUAAUUUAUCAGUGUGAUUGUACUUGUACAUGCAAGCACAAAUACACAAGAGAGACAUUGGUAUCAAAAAACAAUGAUAAACAAUAAAUUUAGACAAACAAAAUUGAAUUUGUUAAAACUUAUGUGCAAAACCUGAAGAACAAGAUGAUGUUUUAUGGAGAGAGUUAACCGUUCACUCAAGCUAGGCAAUAGUAAUAGUGCUGAACAACGUAACAUGGAACUUUACAUGAUGCAAUGAAAGAAAAAAAAAAUACACCACAAAUCUAACAUGGCCAGGAAUGUUGUAAAAAUCAGUAGGAAGUAAA